AGCCUCAGCUCCGCAGUAACACCGCCGCCCCGGGUUCCGCGGGAGACGAGGGCGCAGACUCGUCCUACACGGUUUCCAACUGGCAGCGCGGUUUUAGCGUCUCCCUGGAUUUGGGUUUGUCGGAUUGCUUCUUCAUGCCCAGCUCUGGGUCAUCUCGACAGGACUAACGCACAAGGGAUGGCACAGUGUUCUCGCCCGUGACGCCGUUUGAAUCAGCACCGCAAACCUCCAACGUCAGUGCUACCUACCUGGCCCAGGCGUCAGUCAUACCGCGCUCCCGCCACCACCAAGAUGGCCGCCGUGCGGCGCCACCAAGAUGGCUACCGAGGCUCCGCCCUGAAGGGUGCGGCCGGGCAGCUGGCAGCCAAUGGGCGCGCGCGCCUGUCCGCGGCCAAUGGGAAGGAAACGCGGGCCAGAAGCCGAGAGACGUCGCCCGUGGCUCGUUCGCGACAUGUCGGCCUCCCAGGCGCGGGGCGCUGCCUCGGACCCGGGGCACGGGGGCUGCAGGCGGGCCUGGGUCGAGCUGCUGGCGGGAAGGGUCAAGAGGCAGAAAUUGGGUCCCGAAGGUGAGCAGAAGGUCAGGGAGUCGGCUCUGCGCCUCCUGAGGGGCCACCUAAACCUGGGUGACCUUGUGCUGGAGGUAGAAGGUCCUCCCGGUAAACAGCUGUGUCUCAACCGGUUGAUUGAUUAUGAUGGUCCUGGGGCCCACAUUGACCUUUCCAGUUCAUUGAUAGGCUCUGCUUUGCGCGACCAAGCCGCGCAGCUGGGUGUUCCAGCGGCCGUCCUGUGCAGCCAGGUGGUGGCCUCUGGCCUCGUGCGGGUCUGUGAGGCAGAUGCGGUGCCCCCUCCCAAGGUGCUGCUGACACCGGACCAGAGGAAGAAACUGUCUUCCUUGUUUGAGGUCGCGCAGAAUUUAUUAGCACAAAGCAUGUUCUCCCGUCUUUCCUUCUGUCAGGAAUUAUGGAAAGUACAGAAUUCUUUGCUGCUUGAAGCUGUGUGGCGCCUUCAUGUUCAAAACAUUGUAAGCCUCCAAGAGCUGCUGGAAAGCCAUGCCGACUCUCAGGCCGUGGUGGCCUGGCUCUCCAGGGACCUGCGCCUGCUGUGUGAGCAGACAGAGGCACCCUGUCAGCACGCCGACGUCGCCAGGGCUAUGCUUGCUGAUUUUGUGCAAAUGCUUGUUUCGAGGGGAUUCCAGAAGAACGCGGAUGUGAGAGGAACCGUGGACCCGGAGCGGAUGUCCCAGGUGGCCGUCGCUGUUCUCGAGAGGAUGCUGGCUUCCGCGCUCGAAGCUUUGGCGGCCGGGAUACAGGAGGGGUCCGCAGCACACAAGGCAGUGAGCUGCUGGUUCGGUGUGUUCAGUGGACACAUGUAUGGAAGUAUAAUUUCAACCGAGUCUCCAAAGAGGUUCUUCUGUCACACUCUGACCCAGAUCCUCACCCACAAGCCUGUGCUGAAAGUUUCCGACGCCGUUCAGAUGCAGAGAGAGUGGAGCUUUGCAAGGACCCCGCCUCUGCUCAGUGGCCUGUACCGUAGGCUCUUCGUGGUCCUGAGCCCAGAGGAGCUGGUGGGCCACUUGCACGAGGCUCUGGAGACACAGGAGGUGAACUGGCAGCACGUGCUGUCCUGCGUGUCCACACUGGUGAUCUGCUUGCCAGACGCACAGCAGCUCGUUGAUGGUUGGGUGUCGCGUUUGCUGACUCAUGCGUUCGAGAGCUGUGACCUGGACAGCAUGGUCUUGGCGUUCCUGGUUGCACGGCAGGCUGCGCUGGAGGGCCCAGCUGCCUUCCCGUCCUAUGCCGCCUGGUUCCAGGCCACCUUCGGGAGCGCAAGGGGCUUCCACGGCUCCAGCAAGAAGGCGCUGGUCUUCCUCUUCAAGUUCCUGUCUGACCUCGUGCCCUUCGAGGCCCCCCGGUACCUGCAGGUGCACAUCCUCCACCCGCCACUGGUUCCCAGCAAGUACCGCAGCCUCCUCACCGACUACGUGGCGCUGGCCAGGACGCGCCUGGCCGACCUCAAGGUUUCUGUAGAAAACAUGGGGCUCUAUGAGGAUUUGUCUUCAGCUGGGGACGUCACGGAGCCCCGCUGCCAAGCGGCCCAGGAUGUUGAGAAGGCCAUCAUGGUGUUUGAACACACGGGGAAGAUUCCCGCCGCCGUCCUGGAGGCCAGCAUAUUCCGGAGGUCCUACUACCUGUCCCACUUUCUCCCCGCCCUGCUCACGCCGCGAGUGGUCAGUACACGUCGCCGUGAACGUGGGGCUGGGUCGGCAGAGAGCGGGGUCCCUGCUGGCGUCUCACCCAAGUCCUGUCUUCCCUCUCAGCUCCCGAGGAUCCCUGAUUCCCGGGCCGCUCUCAUAGAGUCCCUGAGGAGAGCAGAUAAAAUUCCCCCCUCCUUAUACUCCACCUACCGCCAAGCCUGCUCCACUGUCGGAGAGAAGAAGCCAGAAGAUGCAGCCUCGCAAAGGGAGGUGGAGCCCAGCUGUAAGGAGGAGCCGCUGGGUCUGCUCACAACUGCCCUGCGAGAGCUCAGGGCCUCAGUGACAGAUCCCACCCAGCGUGAUGCGUUGUUGGCUCAGAUGGCAGUGAUCUCUGAACAGCUCCGCUCCGCCCUGGGCCUCGGCGAGGAUGACAGCGACUUCGAGGGGGCCCCGGUUCAGCUCAGCGUCCGGUCCCCCAAGCUGCAGCCGUGGGAGCAGAGGGUCGUGGACCUCCUGCUGACGUCUUUCUGUCAGAACCUCAUGGCGGCCUCCAGCGUUGCCCCACCAGACAGGCAGGGCCCCUGGGCCGCCCACUUCGUGAGGACCCUGUGCAGACGCAGGCUCCUGCCGGCUCUGCUCAGCCGGCUCUGCCAACUGCUCCAUCACCAGGGCCCGAGCCUGAGUGCCUCACAUGUGGUGGGGUUGGCUGCCCUGGCCGUCCACCUCGGCGAGUCCAGGUCUGCCCUCCCGGAGGUGCAUGUGGGCCCUCCCACCCCUGCCAGGGGCCUGCCCGUCCCCGAGCUCUUCGACAUCCUCCUGCCCUGUAGGACCCAGGAGUCCUCAGCCCUGUGUCUGAAAUUUUGUACAGCGGCAAUUUCUUAUUCUUUGUGUAAGUUUUCUUCCCAGUCACGUGACAUGUCGUACAGCUGUUUGUCUCCAGGCCUUAUAAAAAAGUUCCAGUUCAUGGUGUUCAGAUGGUUCUCAGAGGCCCGAGACCCUCCCUCUUGGGAAGACCCGGCCAGCUCUCCCUGGCGGCCCCUGUGCCUGCCCUCCGUGGACUGGCAGCGAGCCGCUCUCUGCCUGUGGAAGCAGAGGACCUUGCGGGAACUGCUGAAGCAGGAGGGACUCCAUUUGACUUACAGAGACUGGUUACAGCUGGAACUAGAAAUUCAGCCUGAAGUUGAUUCUCUUUCAGAUACAGAAAGGCAGGACUUCCACCAGUGGGCCAUCCACCAGCACUUCCUCCCCGCGCCCUCUGCCACCGGGGGCUGCGAUGGAGACCUGGAAGUCGCCUGUGCCACGCUUGUCGACGUGCUCAUGGACUUCUGCCAAAGUUCAAGGAGUUAUGGUCACUCAGAGAAUUCUGACUUGGUUCUUGGCGGCUGCACAGGAAAUCGUGAUAUUUUUUCCAGAUUGCAGGAGAUGGCUGCUGGCCUGGAGCAGGGCCCAGCGCGCCUCGGCCAUGCUGCUCCCCGGGGCCACUUCCUCUUUGGAGUUUUCUGCAGACGCCUCCAGGCCCUGGCUCGAGGGUGGGACGUGGCCAGCCGCCUGCAGCGACAGCAGGAGCUGCUCAUGUGCAAACGCAUCCUCCUCGGCCUGCCCCCCUCCGUGCUUGUCGGCAGCCCCCGCUUGGAGCAGCUGGCCGCCCCUGACUGCGAUGACUUCUUCCACUUGGUCAACUCGGAGCUGAGAAACUUCUCCCACGACGGCGCCCUGACCCACGACAUCACGGCCCACUUCUUCAGGGGGCUCCUCAACGCCUGUUUACGAAGCAGAGACCCCUCCCUGGCAGCCGACCUGACCCUGACUGCCUGCCAGACCCAGUGCCCCUUGCUUCUGACCUCUGCUCUGCUGUGGUGGCCGCACCUGGAGCCCGAGCUUCACCGCCGCUGGAGGAGAUGCUCUCAGAGCCCGCUGCCUGCAGAGCUGCGGAGGCUGCAGGAGGCCCGGCACUUUGCCGGGAGCGUCCUCUCCCCCCUUGCGGCACCCCCCACACCUGGCCCGGCCUGGCUCUGCGCGGCUGCCCUGCACUUUAUGAUUCGACAGGCCGGGAAGGAGAGCAUCCGGCGGGAGCUGGGGCAGCUGGACGGCCAAGGAGAGGAGCUGUUGGUUUUCCUGUUUUUUUUUUCCUUGAUGGGCCUGCUCUCUUCACAUCUGACCCCACAGGCCGCUGGCUCCCUGAAGCCUCUGGACGUCUGUGCUGAGGUCCUGGGGUGUCUGCAGAGGAAGAGGAUUUCCUGGCUGCCGCUCUUUCAGUUGACGGAGACGGAUGCCGGCCUGGGGCGCACCCUCCUCCGCCUGGCCCCCGACCACCAGGUCAGGCUGCUGCCGGUCGCCUUCUACAGCCUCCUGUCCUACUUUGACGAGGACGCCCUCCUCCAGGAAGACGCCUUCCUGCACGUUGCUGUUAACAUGUACCUGAAGCUCGUGGGCCUCUUCGUGGCUGGGGAGACUGGCGCGGUUUGGACUCUGGCCCACAGUGGGGACCUCCAGGCCCAGGGCGACCCCGUAAGCCUGAUUACAAACGCUCGUCUUUUUCUGCUGCAGUCGAUACCUCGGUGCCCGAAAAGGAGCUUCUCAGACGUGGCAGAGCUGCUGGGUGCGAGUGCGGACUGUGACCCGGAAGUGCGUGCCGCCCUCCUCAGCAGGCAGCAGGCCAUGCUGGACCCUGACCUCUACCAGGAGCCCCGACUCUUCUGACAGGAUCUGUGCAGGGCAUAGCCCAACUCCUCGGCCGAUUUCCUUGAGCACAAAUUUUUAGAGGAAGCCACAUCAGCAAGGUUGCAUAGAUGACUGAUGACAGCUGCUGCUGCUCUAAGACCCACCGCCCCGCUGGGCCCUCUGCGGGGCACCCACUGCAAAGGCAAUCUUAACGCUCUUGAACAGAACUUGAACCGUCACGCCCCACGCCAGUGGUUCCACUGCAGGCCGUGCCAGUGGGGCAGCUGCCACACGCUUCCCGCCCCACGUCACUGCACGUCCCACUGCUCAUCUACCAGUACCUGAACCAGCCUCCCAGGCAGGCUCCUCCCUCACUAGGGGCAACCGUCCCCAUAGCACACAUCUAGCCUCUUUUGUGUUAAAAACAAAAACUGCUUGUGGUCACGACCACUGGCAUCCAGACUGAGAACAGCUUGACCCAACCCAAGAGAAUUACUGUGUUUGUUAGAGACACAGACAAGAACACUUGGAGCAAAAAAACACAAGGAAAACUGUUUCGCUGUGGAACCAACAAGUAAAUGUGCGCCAACAAUUAAACGGUCAACUCUGA